GAGCUAGUCCUUUGAACGUAGGAAGUCGAUUUCUAGAGCCGUGAGCCCGAGGCUUUCCCUUUCUCGGAGCGCACAGAGUUUUAAGGCGGGAGCCCUAGGAAGCCACUCACCAUCAGCGACCGCUGGGCCUGAGGUUGCGCCAUCGUCACUGUCGGCGGCCAUGACACUGAGAGUCACUCGCCUGAGUAGAUUGUGGGUACAAGAGGCUUUCGCUGCGUUUCUCCGCGCAGCUCCCGCUGUAGGGAUCGGGGCGGGGCCUCGCCCCCCCGGAGUUGUAGACUGGUCUGACUUCCGUUCACACCUCCCGGGUCUGGCGCGGAGGAGGUGUCCUGGCGCGCGCUGGGACCUUUUUGGCUCGCGCUGCGCGGUUUGGAGCCACGCCCUCUGGCGUGCGUCGGAAGCCGGGCGCUGGAGACUGCGCGAGAGGCCAUCAUGAAGAAGCCACGAACCGCUGUGAGGACUUGUCGCAGGAAGCAGGCAUCCAGCCAGGAGGGAAGGGAGAAGCAGGUCCUUAGCAGCAGCCCGGUCAAGCCUUCUACCCCUGAUGGUGAGGAGCUUCGUCUGAGUCAAGGCUUGGCCAGACGGCAGAAGGAAGUGGUACUGCGGGCCUCUGUCUCCCCAUACCACCUAUUCAGAGACACAGCUGAGGUCACAGUCUUUCGGGAGAACCUUCUGAGCUGGUAUGACCGAGAAAAACGGGACCUGCCCUGGAGAAGGCGGGUAAGCAGGCAAGGGGCAGGGACAGAGGGGUGGCACCAGCCCCCCUCCACACUAACUCCUUGUCCCGGAUUGCAUUGGCAGGCAGAGGGUGAGGUGGACCCAGACAGGCGGGCGUACGCUGUGUGGGUCUCAGAGGUCAUGUUGCAGCAGACCCAGGUUGCCACGGUGAUCGACUAUUAUACCCGAUGGAUGCAGAAGUGGCCAACGCUGCAGGACCUGGCGAGUGCAUCCCUGGAGGAGGUGAACCAGCUCUGGGCUGGCCUGGGCUACUACUCUCGAGGCCGGUGGCUGCAGGAGGGAGCCCAGAAGGUGGUAAAGCUAGGGGGCCAUGUGCCACAUACAGCAGAGACUCUGCAGAAGCUUCUGCCUGGCGUGGGGCGGUACACAGCUGGGGCCAUUGCCUCCAUUGCCUUUGGCGAGGCAACCGGUGUGGUAGAUGGGAAUGUAGUACGGGUGCUGUGCCGUGUCCGAGCCAUUGGUGCUGAUCCCGGAAGCACCUUUGUCUCCCAGCAGCUCUGGAGCUUAGCCCAGCAGCUGGUAGACCCAGCCCGGCCAGGGGACUUUAACCAAGCAGCCAUGGAGCUGGGGGCCACAGUAUGCACCCCACAGCACCCACGGUGCAGCCAGUGCCCUGUGCAGAGCAUGUGCCGGGCACACCAGAGGGUGGAGCGGGAACAGCUCUUAGCCUCACAGAGCCUGCCAAGCAGUCCUGAUGUGGAGGAGUGUGCCCCCAGCACUGGACAGUGCCAGCUGUGCGCGCCUCCCACGGAGCCCUGGAACCAGACCCUGGGAGUAGCCAACUUUCCCAGAAAGGCCAGCCGGAGGCCCCCUAGGGAGGAGUGUUCUGCCAUCUGUGUUCUGGAGCAGCUCAGGGCCCUUGGGGGUGCUCGAAUUCUGCUGGUGCAGAGGCCUAAGUCAGGUCUGCUGGCCGGACUGUGGGAGUUCCCGUCUGUGACUGCAGAGCCCUCAGGGCGAUGUCCACGGGAGGCCCUGCUGCAGGAACUACAGAGUUGGGCUGGGCCCCUCCCAGCCACCCACCUCCAGCACCUUGGGCAGGUGGUCCACACCUUCUCUCACAUCAAGCUGACAUAUCAAGUAUAUGGUUUGGCCCUGGAAGGGCAGACCCCAGUGACCAUCACACCACCUGGCACUCGCUGGCUGACCCGGGAGGAGUUUCACACUGCAGCUGUCUCCACCGCCAUGAAAAAGGUGUUCCGUGUGUACGAGGGCCAGCGGCUGGGGACCUGCAAGCGUUCCAAAACAUCCCAGGUGUCCACUCCAUCCACGCGGAGAAAGCUCAGCCCAGGCCAGCAAGUCCUGGAUAGUUUCUUUCGGCCCCACAUCCCCACUGAUGCAUCCAGCCUCAAAAGUAUGGCCCAGUGACACCUCUAGAAGCCCGACUUCCUGAGAAUCCUGUUAAUAAAGUGCUUAUUUUUGUAGUCAUUUUGGAGACUUUC